CCCUUCUUCUUGGAGUUAAAAGUACCUUUGUAACUUAUUAUAUUAUCUAUAUUAAUUUUACGUAUCCGCAAGUAUUCAUCGGAAAAAUAAAUCUUAUGAUUUAUCAAAUAUUAUUUAAAAGAACCAUCCCAUUAAUAUAAUCUCAUGGAUUUAUCUAACCUAUUCGGUUAUGAAGAAUAACAAUAAUAGCCAUUAGUACAGCCAUAAAAAGUAAAUGAUGUGAAGGAUUCAAUUAUAUAAAUAAAAAGUAAUAUUUCCAAAAGGGGAAUAAAAUAAAACAAGAAGCUUAAUCAAUUUAAAUAGACUAUGGCUUUGAAGCCAAACAAAAAAAAAGCCAGAAUCCAAUUAAAUAAUUGUAUGAAAGAAUAAGUCCCAAUUAAUAAUUUAGGAACAAACUGGGCACGCCAUCCCAGAGAAGAAACAUUACGCAAAAUCUUAGAAUAUAGUGAAACACUAAGAAAUAUGCUUUGUGAUGUUGAUAACUUUGUGAAACAAUAAUAAUAAGAACCUAAUGAUGAUAAUAAAUUAUUGAUCUAAAAGUAAGAAAUAAGUAUUGAUAAUUUGUACAAUUGCUUGAUUGGAUGUCUAUUAUAAUUCACAUUUGUUGAAUCCAGCCAUCCUAAUUAAUUUUCUGAAAAACAAAAUAAUUUUUUUAGUCAAAGUUUGAUUCCAGCUUAAAAUAGUUUGAUGUUAGAUAACAUACUUUUAAAUUAACACGUUGAACAUCCACUGAUUAGGUUUUCUGAAACUUAUAAACAUGAAUCUAUCAAACUUGAUAAAGCGAGACGAUCAGCCACAUCAAAGUUAUAUGGAUGUGCUAUAUGUGAAGAGAGCUUAAGUCAAGCAUUUGUUACAAAAUUUGCAUUCAAAAUUAAAAAAAUUGAUGGUAAUAUUGCAAUUGGCCUUUGUAAUAAAGAUAUAUUGGCUCAGCAAAAUUAUUAACACACAGAUUCCAAUCAAACUCAAGGGUAUUUCAUUUAUAUAAUAUUUAGUCUGUAUCUACUCGAUAACUUUGGUAGAGUGUAUCCUAAUAGAGAAAAUCAAGUGAUGUAAGGAUAAUCUUUUGAAUUCGAAGAAUCAAAUAUUAUUAUAGUAAUUUUUGAUUUCUAAAAGUAAUAUAUAAAAUGGAAAAAGUACAACCACCAGUCUAUAUUUGUAUAUGUUUACCCUUAAUUUUAGUGCAUUCCUUUUGACAUUCACAAUGAGGUAUUUCCUUGUGUAUUGUUCUCAAAAUCACCAUAGUUUAAGAAAACAUCCUAAGUUAGAAUUGUAAAUCCAAAAACAUUAAGAAAAAUAGAUCGCUUUUCUAAAUUUGACAUAUUAUGA